GUCACAUGUUAUUCGCUUCACCCAAGGUUGACCUUCAUGAACCAGUCGUUCAACUGAAUUCUUUUGGAUGGGUGGAGGGUCUGACGUCGUUGUCUUAAACAAUGUUACGUAUCAUUUAUCAAAACUGUCUGCUGAGGAGAAGUUCCGGAUAGAACAUUUGAAAUAUCAUGAAGAUCACAAAGGUCAUGAAAGAAUGCACCUCGAAAUGUUUCUGGUUGCAGUCAUUAGCCUAUCGGUCUGCCAGAUGGGACUUAUGUUUUGGAAACAGCGACAUUUUCGUUCUUACCAACUCAUAACUCUCAUAGCUAUGUGGAUAGUCCCGUUUGUAUACAGUAUAUUCGCGGAAUUUUCAAGAUUUGUCGUUGUUUGGGUCUUGUUUUCUCUAACCACGGGGGCAAUGGUGUACUUAUCUUGUAAGAAACGCAUAAGCACCACUACGCCUAGACGAGUGUAUCGAUGGUUUCUAUUUAUUCAUACAACUUCCUAUGUACUUGGUAUUGGUGGCUAUAUUCUAAUGAUGUUGACAUUUUUUCAAGUCAAUCUUCUCUUCUUCCUGCCUACAAAGAUAGCAAUGGAUUUUGCAUUAUUGGUAUUGUUUUAUGGUCUAUAUUAUGGUGUUAUUGCUCGAGAUUUUGCUGAAGUCUGUACAAAUAAAAUGGCUGCACAAAUAUCAUAUCGCGUUCCUCAAGGUAUGCCAAUUCGAAGAAUCGAUGCAUCGGUAUGCUCAAUAUGUACAAAUGAUUUGGUAACAGAUGGUGGAGAAAAAGUUCAUCGGCUCAACUGCACUCAUGUCUUUCAUGAUUUUUGUAUUCGAGGCUGGUGCAUUAUUGGAAAGAAAGAUACCUGUCCAUACUGUAGUGAGAAGGUGAAUUUAAAGCAAACAUUUACAAAUCCGUAUCCUUUUUAAACGAAUGUUUUCGGUUUACAUUUCAAGGUAAGGUGUAGCCUUCAUGACUAUUUUAUUGAUAAUUCGUUAUUGAGUAUAUUCAUAUCAGUUUUAUUUACUUUGAUAAAACAGUAGUGAAAGUGUAACAGUUUUUGUGGAAACUGUUACACUAUACAAAUUCUAUAACCUAAUCAAACUUUGAACUAAAACGUGAUCUUUUUUCGAUAAAGUUUGAAGAGAACUGUUCUGCACAUCGAAAAGUACUUAUUCUCACCAAAAACUACACGCAGUUAUACAGAAUCAGUUCACUUUGUGUCUGCCAUUUCUAUUACCAUGUCAACAAUGAAGUAUACACUUGUAUGUUGGGCAACAAGCCACACGUUCAUUUAUAGUUACAACAAAAAUAUAUGUUGGAGAAUAUUUGUAGCUCAGAUGUAUGAUCUUAGUUAUACUGUAUUCUCUGAGCUAGGUGGUUUAAUCGUAAAGCUUUCACUAUCUUUACACAAAAUCAUCAGUGAUAACUUCAAUAUGAAGUGAGCUAUCAGUAUUUCUCUGUGAAUGAUUCAAUAGCUUGCCUUGACGAAACAGUUUGUGGUUGAUGGUUUGCUGUGUUUAAUUAACUGAGUACAUUUUCCUGUUGACUGUUUCUCUGACCUUGCAGUUGUUUGUCUUUCAUUUUGUUAGUUGAUAGAUUUUGUAUAUGUCUAUACAUCUAUGCAUUGCUGACUGAUCUGAAUUUUAAGCUUCUAGGAAUUUUCCGGUAUUCUUAUGAGCGACAAGAUUUCGCGAUGUUUAUUAUCUAACUGAUGUUGAUCUAAACGAAGGUGAAGAGCGCAACCGCUUUGUCUAAUGUAAUGCUGAUUUUGUAAUUUAGUUUGUCAUCCUUGACUGUUGCGCUCUUCCGUUUCUAAAAUAUGGUUUAAAGGGAAUUUGUUGGUCUAUGAACCACACCAUUUCUGAAUGGUCUCAGGAAUCAUAUCUUGGUCUCUAGUAUUUUCUGUAUGCAUGAUAAGAUGAUCCGUCUGCUGAUUUCCGUGGAUAACUUUGUAGUUUAUGAUGAAGGGGUUAGGCAUUUUUUGACGAACUUCCAUGGAUAACCACUCCUCUUCGUUUCUCUGUGAGGUUGUUGUAUUGCAGUGUUUUUGCUCUUUUCAAUAAGGUCUAUAUGCUACUAAUUUUGCGUAUUGUUGCUAGUGUAAUUAAGAAUUCGAUCAAUGUGCGUUGACUUUCUGUAAACUACUUUUGAAUUCCCAACAUUUUGGCGUUGGUUCCACUCGCUAAGACAUCCAGGAAUGGUAAUUUGUUGUUCGAUUACCUUCUCCACUGUGAAUAUGAUAUCUUUUAAAAAGUUGUUGAUCAAACGGUAAUUAUUUUCCGAUUCAUCCUUUUCGGUGAUAGCAUCAGUAUCGUUCAGAUAGCAGAUCAAAAUCUUUGGUUAGGUUAGACGUCAAAUAAUGGUUUCUAUACUCUAAAUUACUCUGCUUCUGUAAUUAUUCUAGAUAUCGAUGAUCCUAUUGGAGUUUAUUUCAUCUGUUUGCCACUAAGUUGUCAGGCAAAGAUCGGUGAGUUUCAUCAGAAUUGAACGGUGAAUUUGUGCUUUACGAAAAUAUGGUGCCGUCAAGGAGGCGGAGAAAUAUAGUUAUCCUUAGUCAGUUUUGGUUCAGUUGAUGUCGGACAUCACUAAUUGGUCGUUUCCUAUGUUAAUGCCUUUGAUUCUUUCCAAAAUGUUUUCCGAUGAUUUGAUGGAAUAUAUGAAUGAUUCCUCAAAGUAUUUCUGUUUCGUUGUAAGCUCUCUGGAUGGAUUAUGAAUGACAAUCCUGAAAGUGAGACUAUUAGUCGUAGAAUGCCUAGGUUGGGUAUUUUUGGUCGAUCGUCAAACCGAAGAAGAACAGGUCCAUUCACCAUUUGUCUCUCUAUAUCUCUCCUGCUUUGACGAGCUUGUUCAGGAUUUCAGUGAUUUGAUUGUGAAACUUUUGCAUAGGGUUAGUCUCAAGUGGUUGAUGCAUAUUCUUGUCCUUGAGUAAAUCCUCUGCUUUCUUGGUGUAGUCUUCCUUAUCCAUGACUACAAUGGUGCGCCCUUUGCCUUCGUUAUUCUUUGUCUCGCCUGCUUGGUUUUUCAGUUGUGGUUGUUGACGCUGUCAGGUGUCGUUGGUUGUCAAUCACAAGUUGGUACUUCCGGAUCCGAAAAUAUCCAUCUGUAAUCAUCAGUUGUACCAAUUGUCUGCCACUUUGUACAACUAUUUUCCAUCCAAUUAAACAGUUAAUCGGUGGACAUAUAGUUUCAUAGUAACUGUAACUGCAAAUAUAAAGCUUCAGAAAAUGGUUUGUUGAAGAGAAAAUUUCUUCACCGCAUUGUUUUUUGUUAAUUUUUCGUGAUCCAAUAGGACUACAUCUAUGAGCUUAGACUGUUUGCCUGGACAGGUGUUAGCAAUACUAAGGUAACGCACAAAGCGUUUUCUGUUGGUAUUUAUUACGCAGAAAGAUACUUGGUUGUUACUAAUAUAUUGCCUCAGUAAGGUAGUUUUUCACAGCAUAACUGUCCUACUUAAUUACUACUGGCAGUCUUUUUGGUUAAGCAGUUAUAAUGACAACUACUAAAAUUGCUUGUUCGGAUAGAGUGAUGCUUUAAAUUGAUAGUCAGAAUCCUACAUCUCAUUCUGAAACAAAAAAUUCAGAAGUGUACACAAAUAUAACAGACCUCUUAUUCUACCAGAAACAGUUUGAACAUGUAGAACGUAACCCGAACCAAGAAAAAACUAUGAAACAUAGAACAGGGAACUUAUCUUCAUCACUAGGCUAAGGAAGAUUUUCGGUAUGCAUUCUGCAAGCUUUCUUAACUGCCUUUAUCUAUACUACUAGAUGGGAUAAGCCACAUAUACUAUACGGAAAUCUUUUGGAUUGGGUACGUUAUCUGGUCGCUUGGCAACCUGUGAUAUUGGGCUUGGUUCAGCUUCUCAACUCUGCAUUGGGUUUACAAUGAAUAUUCUAUGCGGAUACUUAUAUCCAGAAUGUUCUCUUUGCAUCCAGGAUCUUCAGAUUAUACAGUGUCGUUACUUGCAAAUAUAUAUAGUAUAUCGACA